AUGGCGGCUAAGGCGUCUAGGGCACUAGGGGCCUUGCAGGCCAGCAGUGCACGCUUGACUGCCGUGUGGUGUGCACGGUUCGGCCUUGACCUGCGGCUGUUGGGCACGGCAAGAAGCCUGCGGGCGGGAUCUGCGAUGUGGGCCCAGGGCUGGACACCCGCGGCCAGGGUAGCUACCCUGAGCAGGGGCUACAGCUCUGAGGUGAAGGCGGAGGACGAGUUGCGGGUGCGGUACCUGGAGGACGAAUAUAGAGGAAUUGUGGUGCUUGGAAUAAACAGAGCUUAUGCCAAAAAUGCAAUAAGUAAAAAUCUUAUAAAAAUGCUGUCAAAGGCUGUGGAUGCUUUAAAAACUGAUAAGAAAGUACGGACCAUAAUAAUCAGAAGUGAAGCCCCAGGGAUAUUUUGUGCUGGUGCUGACCUUAAGGAAAGAGUCAAAAUGCAUUCCAGUGAAGUUGGUCCUUUUGUCUCCAAAGCAAGAGCAGUGAUUAAUGAAAUAGCUAACCUUCCAGUGCCUACUAUUGCAGCCAUAGAUGGACUCGCAUUAGGUGGUGGUCUUGAACUGGCUUUAGCAUGUGAUAUAAGAGUGGCAGCUUCCUCUGCAAAAAUGGGCCUGGUAGAAACAAAGUUGGCAAUUAUUCCUGGUGCAGGAGGGACGCAGAGAUUACCACGCACUAUUGGAAUGUCCUUGGCAAAGGAGCUCAUCUUUUCUGCACGCGUAUUAGAUGGCCAGGAAGCCAAAGAAGUAGGCUUGAUCAGCCAUGUUCUAGAGCAGAACAAAGAAGGGGAUGCUGCCUACAAAAAGGCGUUGGACCUAGCAAGAGAAUUUUUACCUCAGGGACCUAUCGCAAUGAGAGUGGCAAAAUUAGCAAUUAAUCAAGGGAUGGAGGUUGAUUUAGUAACUGGAUUAGCUAUAGAAGAAGCUUGUUAUGCUCAGACCAUUCCAACAAAAGACAGACUUGAAGGUCUUCUUGCUUUUAAAGAGAAAAGACCCCCUCGUUAUAAAGGAGAAUAG